AUAGUGUUACCGAUUGUUACGCAGCUCUAGGCGCGUUGUUGCCGGCUUGUUAUUGCGAUUUCUUGCGAAUUUUAAAUUAAAGUAAAGAUAGUAAAGAUAUUGAUGAAAGCGUUGCAAUGUCCCACCUCUCAACGAUCAAUGCCUGCAAGCUACUGCUGUUCCGACGAUGUCUGCAGGCCGUACUGCUGACCGUGGGCAUCCAGUUCCUGCUGCUGACCAUCUUCCUGCUUCUCGUUAACUUUGAAUUGCUGCGGCCGCUCCACUGGAUCGCUAGCACGCUGAGUCUGGUGUGCAGUUUCUACACCUGGUUCGCCAGCAUACCACUCGUCGGAGCUGUUGUCCUAUAUGGCGUGAUUCUGUGCCAGCAACACCUGGCCGAGAGACCGUAUUGUCCCAGCCGGUUCCGCUGGCUGGUGCGCUAUGGACCCCGCAAGCUACUCUUCCUGGCCGCACAUCUGCUCGUUGGCUACCUUACGGCGUGGCUGUACACGGGUUACAUGCACACGGGCUAUCGGCAUCUGUGGUACAAGUGCUAUGGCCAGGAGUGCAUAAGCGCCUACCACGUGUACCUGCUGGGCAUGGGCAUCUUCGCGGGCUGCUACAACUUCGUCUCUGUGCACAUGCGUCAGGAGGUUGAAAUCGAGUUUCCCAUAGUGAAUCAUUUUUGGGGCGAGAAGUCGCGCGAGUUGCUCUACAGCAGUCUGGCCCGAUCUUUGAUCAAGUCCCUCGUGCCCACGCUGGCGUACACCCUGCUAUUUUGGCUGUUCGGUCGUGUGGUGUGCCACAGGCUGAGCCACGUCUUUGCCGUGGACUUGGAUGAGCGUCUGGAGGGCUUCUUUGGCGUGGCCACCAAUGUCCGGCUGCUCUUCUACGGCUGGCUACUCUCUGCCCAAAUUCUUAGCAAUAUGCAUCUCAUGCGCUGCUUUUACAGCAUGUUUCUGUCCGAGGAGUUUCCCCUGGCAGUGACCAAAAAUCGGGCUGCGUUCGUCCAGGAGAAGGAGGUGACCGUGGUGGCCGCCCUGGGCUUGUCCAACGUAUACGUGGUCCAGUGCCUGGCUGCCAAAUAUCUGUACAAUCUGGUCACAACCGGCGACUCGGCGGAACGAUCGGAACUGUUCCAGCUAACCGAGCCGGGUAAUCGUCCGGCCAAUUGGCGUUCCCUCUGCGACCAAUGCCUCAGCCUGAUCGGAAGCUUCACCGACGAACUAAUCGACUCCAUGCAGAAGAUAAGUGUGCUCAAAGGUUCGCCAAGUAGUCCUCCGAUAGCGCCGAUCAGCGAGAGCGCCAGUGCCAGUCUAAUGGCUGAAAGGGUGCUCACACGCCAAUACAACCAGAUGCACGGCAUUCGUCCCAUGGUCUCGCCGGGGCGCAAUACUCUCAUAGAUCGACCCGUGGACAGCAUACGACGCGUUCCCAAUUGGUGUGAACGCGCCUCCAUGCAGAUGGAACAGUCUCUCCAGCUACUGAUCAACCGUAUUCCCGGCAUUGUCUAUCUGUUCACCGAGCCCGAGGGGGCCAAGACCACGUUCUUGUUGACCAAUUCGCUGGCUUUGGUGUACGUAAUCCAGGCUCUGUCCCAGAUAUGCGUGCUCUCGCUCAAGGAGGAUCGCUUUGGUGUGGUGCAGACCGACCUGUCGGACAUCAUAAAGUCGAUGAGUCGCCUCAAGGGCGAGCUGGACAAGUUGAGCAGCGUGGCGAGCAACCUGCGGGGUCCGGGCUCCAGCUUCAGCGUGCUGCGCGGUGCUGUGCGUCGCAGUCUCUUUCACAUUUGCAUCUCCUUCGGCGACUACAUCAACGAGCUGAUACCCUCUGGAGAGGAGAGGCGUCAGCUCCAGACACUGAUCAAUCAGGAGUAGCCCUGUACUCCUGCUACUCAUCCCUCCCCACCCACUCGCAAUGAUUCACACACAUUUUGUCAACUGUUUUGCAUCUCUCUUUAGUUUUGCUUGGUAACAAUAAAAAUUAAUAAAUACAACUACA